GUUUAUAUUUGAUGUGAGAAUACUGUUUAAACCAUAUAUCUAUAGUCUAUGAUAGACGAAGCAUUCUUUUUUCCGAGUGGCCCUGAAGGUAGCACCGAGUAAACUCCUCCUUCUCCGGUAGUCAGAGCGGGAAGUUACGAAACUGUAGAAAAAGAGUAACUGUGUGGUUUAUUUCAUACAAAACACAACACGGGAAUGAUAAAUGAGACCAUGUCCAGUAACGCAGAGGAGAGCAGCUCCUCUGCGCCCAGGUUUGGACAGUGUACCUACACAGCUGAGGAGUACCAGGCAGUGCACAGCGCACUGCGCCAGAGGCUGGGACCCGAGUACAUCAGUAGCAGAUUGGCUGGAGGAGGACAGAAGGUGUGCUACGUUGAAGGGCAUCGCGUCAUCAGCCUGGCUAAUGAGAUGUUUGGAUACAACGGAUGGUCUCACUCCAUUUCUCAGCAGAACGUUGACUUUGUUGACCUCAUCAACGGGAAGUUCUAUGUCGGAGUCAGUGCUUUUAUCAAAGUGAUGCUCAAGGAUGGUUCAUAUCAUGAGGAUGUAGGCUAUGGAGUUAGUGAAGGACUGAAGUCUAAAGCUCUGUCACUGGAAAAGGCAAGAAAAGAAGCUGUCACUGAUGGCAUGAAGAGAGCACUGAAGUGCUUCGGUAACGCCCUUGGAAACUGCAUUCUGGAUAAGCAAUACCUCUUAGCCAUAAACAAGAUCCCCAAACAGCCUCCUCCUCCUGUUGACCCAGCCCAGACCAAGCGCACAGAGGGGGAACCCUCAGUGGAAAAGGCCCGGAUGUCCAGUCUGAUCAAAGAGGAAAAACGUGCAUCUGCUGUCAGUCUGGCCAGGAUACCGUUGGAGCCACAAGUCCUGCACCAGAACCGCAAAAGUUCUGAAGUCCAUACUCCUAAGAGUGACCCUGCUCCUGACAGACCCGGCGUGGACUUGGUGGACGUUGUCGGGUCAGACCCCAAACAGCUGAGAAAGCUCCGGCAGCAGCAGCUGCAGCAGAAGUUCAGGAAAGAGAUGGAGGCCAAGAAGCUGCAGCAGGAACAGGAUCACACCACGUCUGAGGAGGUGGAGACCGCUUCGCGACCAGGAUCCAGUAGAGAUAAUGGAGGUGGACCUGUAAUGAGUGAUGGCACUGAUGCUGAACCCAACAACAGGGACGAGCAUUUAGCAGACGAUCCUGAGAUGUGGAAUUUCACUCUGGAUGGGAUUGAGGACCUGGACGUCCCCACAGCUCGACCGCCGUCCACAGAGCUGAGGCCCAGCACUCCUGGGAAUCACCAGAUGCAGACACGCAGUAAGACUCCACAAAGACCUCCAGGCAGACCUCCUGACAAGGGUCCAGCACACAGCAGGGGACAGGAUGGGUUUCAGUACUCGGCUCAGUACCAGCACCAGCACCAGCACCGGCACCUGCACAAGGCAACACCAGGCACAGACAAUUCCUUUAGUCCAUACAGACAAGGACAGUACAUGAAGAAACGUCGACUGGACAGCUGAAGGCUUCUGCAAUUCAACCAUGUUUUUAUUUUUGUGUUCAUAUAGAUUUUAUAGUGUAUACGUUUUGCUUAUUUUUCAGUGAUAUGAUGCAGUUAUGUGGAUUUGUAAAUAAAAUAAACUUGCCACAUUAGUCAGUUGGCUGGAGUAAUAUUUUGACAAAUUAAUUUGUAGAACGAGGAGGAAAUAAAUCCUGAACAAAUGCUCAGUUAUUCACUUACAAAUAAAGAUGGCACAUGUGGGUCAUUACAUUUAAUUACACCAGUCUGCAUGACAAGUGCUUUAAUAUUUUUAUUUGUUUUUACAUUUUGUACAAUGUGGAAAAACAUACACAAAACGGAUGAAUCACAUGAAGUCCAUAUGUUGGGAUCAGAGUUCAACAGAUACUACUGUGUGUUAGUGGCCUCACAGUUCUGGACGGAGGUCAAUGACAAUGACUGAUAUUACACGGUAACACAUUAGGCUUUGUUGUGAGCUUGUGCUGUACAGUGGCCAGGUUAUCAUAUGUCAUUUUAAACACCAGUGAAGCCAGCAUGCAGGAAUCAUGCUGACAAUCUGAUUUCAAAGUUGCGUCUGUGAUUUUGAUAAAUGGCAAUUAAAAGACUUUCAGCAAGGCAAAUAAUAAUAAUAAAAAAAAGGGUCACGAUUAUUUCCAAUAUCAAAAACACUGAAGUCAGUAACAACCCUCAUCAGCAUGCAAAUG